AUGAAGGCGAUACUUAGGACACUAGGCCAGCGAGCCACUCCACUGAUAUACAGAUCCAUUAUACGCCAGCAUAUACAAACUCGAGCAUAUGUCCAUCCAACAAAACCAUCUCUUGCUACAAUUAUACCAAAUGCUCCUGCUCCUCCUACGGAACUGACUGAAACAGUAAUCACAAAUGAAUCUGGUCGUCCCAUCUAUCUCGACAUGCAAGCUACCACUCCAAUGGACCCAAGAGUCCUAGACGCAAUGCUGCCAUAUCUUACUCAGCAGUACGGAAACCCUCAUUCGAGAACUCAUCAGUAUGGCUGGGAGUCAGAAGCUGCCGUCGAGCAAGCAAGAUCGCACGUAGCAGAUCUCAUCGGCGCAGAUCCAAAAGAAAUAGUCUUUACGAGCGGUGCCACAGAAUGCAACAACAUGUCCAUCAAGGGUGUCGGGCGCUUCUACAAGGGAAAGAAGAAACAUAUUAUAACUACACAGACUGAACAUAAAUGUGUAUUGGAUUCUUGUCGUGUGCUACAAGAAGAAGGAUUUGAUGUCACGUAUUUACCUGUCAAGAAGAAUGGACUUGUUGAUAUGAAGGUUCUGGAAGAUGCUAUUCGGUCUGACACAUCAUUGGUAUCUAUCAUGGCAGUCAACAAUGAGAUUGGUGUGAUUCAACCACUCAAGGAGAUUGGUGCCAUGUGUCGAUCCAGAAAGAUUUACUUUCAUACCGACGCAGCCCAAGCAGUAGGCAAAAUCCCCAUCGACGUAAACAGCAUGAACAUUGACCUCCUCUCCAUCUCUGGCCACAAGCUCUACGGUCCGAAAGGCAUCGGCGCACUCUACGUACGUCGUCGCCCACGUGUCCGUCUCGAACCACUCCAAUCCGGCGGUGGCCAAGAACGUGGUCUCCGCUCAGGAACAGUACCAGCCCCACUCGUAGUAGGUCUCGGCGAAGCCUGCCGCAUCGCAAAACAAGAAAUGGCAUAUGAUUCCUCCCGAAUCCAAAAACUCUCUACCCGUCUCAUCUCUGGAAUAACAUCUCGAGUUGAACACGUAGUGCGAAAUGGUGAUCCGGAUGCAUCCUAUCCAGGAUGUGUGAAUCUAUCGUUCGCAUAUGUGGAAGGCGAGUCCUUGUUGAUGGCGUUGAAGGAGAUCGCAUUGUCGUCGGGCAGUGCAUGUACUUCUGCAUCGUUGGAGCCUAGUUACGUGUUGCGGGCGUUGGGAGCUGCUGAUGAUAUGGCGCAUUCGUCGAUACGGUUUGGGAUGGGGAGGUUUACUACUGAGAGGGAAGUGGAUUAUGCUGUGCAACGUGUUGUGCAGCACGUUGAUCGAUUGAGAGAGUUGUCGCCACUUUGGGAAAUGGUGCAAGAAGGCAUUGAUAUCAAUAAGAUUCAAUGGAGUCAGCACUGA